CUCUGCUCUCUGGUUCUCUGCGCAUCCUAUCUCCUCAGCGCGCUGUCUCUCUCUCUACCCCUCUUCCUCUCCCGCGGUAGCGAGGUGAGCUAGGCGUAGAGCUGAGAGCGCCGCUGCUGUGGAGGUCCAAGCAGAGCUCUCACUUCUCCCCGCUCCCAACUGCAUCUGUCCAUGGCGCGCUCGGUGCGGCGGCGAGCGCCCGUUCAUGAACGGCGACGGCGCACUGCCUUCUAAGCAACCACUUCUCUCAGCCGGCCCAUACCCCUUCCCUAUUCUAGUUUCUUCUCCAAUUCCAGAAGGCUGCCGCCGCCGCUUCUUCUCCAGCCGGGCCUAGUGAUGCCGGAGUUUGGAGCAACGGGGAGAGGAGGGAUGGGGGUGUCGUCGGCCGUCCGUCCCACCCCGCCACAAGGGACGCGCCGGCCCUGCCUCUGGAUAGCCUAUGGAAAGCAACAUGACAUUUCAUUGGUUCCUGGAGAAAGAUUUGGUCGACAUGUUACUAGGAGCACUCUUUUCCUGCUCCGUAAUUAUUCCAGGAGCACUGCAAUGGCAAGACCAGAAAUGUCUGGGCAGUUUCAGCAGCCUGUGUUGAAGUCUUCAAGGGACUACUUGACUAGGACAUUCUGCAAUGCAAGAAUGAAGAGGAGAGUUUUGUCGAGGGUUGAGUGUUUUGUUUCUUCAGAUCCAAUAAACAGUGGUUGGUUGAAACCAAGGAGGUGGGAGAAUUUCACUAGUUUGGAGAGUGCUUGUGUCCAGCCAGAGUACAGAGUACCAAUCAGAACACGUGCUGACUGUAAAGCCGAGCAGUAUGAAAUAACAGGAUCACCUUUGAGCCCUUCCGAUGUUCCUGCCGAGGCUGUUAUGAUUGGAGAUACGAACGAGAUUUCUCCCUGGUGGCAGGAGUUUCCAAAGCGCUGGAUGAUUGUUCUCCUAUGCUUCUUUUCGUUCCUUCUCUGCAAUAUGGAUCGUGUCAAUAUGAGCAUUGCGAUCCUUCCAAUGUCGUCAGAGUUCAGCUGGAAUCCAGCAACUGUUGGUCUAAUCCAAUCAUCUUUCUUUUGGGGCUACCUUCUUACUCAGAUUCUUGGAGGUAUUUGGGCUGACAGGUUUGGUGGUAAGGUAGUGCUAGGUUGUGGGGUUUUAUGGUGGUCAUUUGCAACAGUUCUUACACCCCUUGCUGCCAAGAUUGGGCUUCCUUACUUACUCAUCAUGCGUGCCUUCAUGGGGAUAGGCGAGGGUGUUGCCAUGCCUGCUAUGAACAACAUCCUUUCCAAAUGGAUCCCAGUUUCAGAGAGAAGCAGAUCUCUUGCCUUAGUGUACAGUGGAAUGUACCUUGGGUCAGUCACCGGCCUAGCUUUCUCACCUCUGUUGAUCAGCAGAUUUGGCUGGCCUUCUGUUUUUUAUGCAUUUGGAUCCCUUGGAAGUGUCUGGUUUGCACUGUGGCAAAGAAAAGCACACAGCUCUCCAGAUGAUGAUCCGGAGCUAAGUAAAGCUGAAAAGAGGCACAUACUGGGUGGUAGUACCUUAAAGGAGCCUGUCACUUCCAUACCAUGGAAGCUGAUUCUAUCGAAGGCUCCAGUGUGGGCUCUCAUAAUAUCACAUUUUUGCCAUAACUGGGGAACAUUCAUUCUUCUAACAUGGAUGCCCACAUACUACAAUCAGGUUCUGAAGUUCAAUCUAACCGAGUCCGGGCUUCUCUGUGUCUUGCCAUGGCUGACAAUGGCUGUUUUUGCGAAUAUUGGUGGAUGGAUUGCUGAUACUCUUGUUCAGAGAGGGAUCUCUGUAACAAAUGUUCGUAAGAUCAUGCAAUCGAUUGGCUUUCUUGGACCAGCCUUGUUCUUGACACUUCUGAGCAAAGUUCGUACUCCAACAAUGGCCGUAUUAUGUAUGGCAUGCAGUCAGGGGAGUGAUGCUUUUUCACAGUCUGGGCUGUAUUCAAACCAUCAAGAUAUAGGACCACGUUAUGCGGGGGUACUUCUUGGACUGUCAAACACUGCUGGCGUGCUUGCAGGAGUUUUUGGUACUGCUGCCACUGGCUACAUUCUUCAGAAAGGUUCUUGGGAUAGUGUGUUUAAGGUGGCUGUUGCACUGUACAUAGUAGGAACAGUGGUGUGGAAUGUCUUUUCAACUGGAGAGAAAAUUCUUGAAUAAGCUGUGCAUGAUCCUAUAUGCCGCUACGGAAAUUAACUGAUUUUGCCGAUGCCAUUUGGUUACAUCAGGGAAACCUCUUCUUUAGGAAGAGAUAUAGCUGGACAAAAGCUCCCUUUUAAGCAAGAGUUAUACAUGCAUCUAAUGUUUGGGCUAUUGAAAGAACGAAGUCAAAUUAGAGUGCUGCAAUAGCCAGGGGGAAUUGUGCUGUGAGCUCAAGAAGGUAUACUUGGAACCAAAGAAUUUUUUUGUACAGAAGGCAGCUGCACCAAGGGCACGUCAGAUUUUGCAGCUGUUUCUUGAGAAAUCCAAACUUCUUCCUAUCUUUUGUUUUAAAAUACUGGGAAAUUUACUAUGUUUCAGCUUGCCUUUGAUGAAGAAGCUACAGCUACUUCCAAACUCAUGUAGUAUUAUGCAAGCCUUUUUGAUCGAAAAAUCCUGAAUGUAUCUGCUUCAUAUAUCUUAAACGUCUAUGCUUCAUAGUGAUAUUACGUGAUGAUGGUGUCA